GACGGGGAUGAGGGACGUCGGUGAGAUAAAGCGGCUUCUUUCUCCUUUUCCUCUCUCUCUUUUGAUAUGAGCGAACUUCUCUGGCCGACCACAGAAACUACAGUAAAAUUUGGAACUCUGAGGGUUUUGUAGGAUAAUUACUUGAGGCUUAGCUAUGAAAAAGGUUUCGAAGACCAGCUGCAAGUCAGCCUCACAUAGACUCUUUAAAGACAAGGCGAAGAAUCGGGUUGAUGAUCUGCAAUUGAUGUUCAUGGAUCUACAGUUUGCCAGGAAGGAAAGUCGGACAGUUGAUGCUGCUGUUCUUGAGGAGCAGGUCCAUCAGAUGCUUCGUGAAUGGAAGGCUGAGCUUAAUGAGCCUUCUCCUGCUUCUUCUUUACAGCAAGGUGGCAGUCUUGGAUCAUUCUCGACCGAUAUCUGUCGGUUAUUGCAGCUGUGCGAGGAAGAAGAUGAUGCCACUAGUCCAUUAGCUGCUCCGAAGGCUGAGCCUAAUGAUCAAAGUCUGCAAACUGGGGUUAAUAUGAUAUUCCAAGACGGCCAAAAGCAACAUGAUUUCCCAUUGGUUGAUGACACCAAAUUCACCUCUGGAGCUCGUGAUGUUGCAGCUACUGAUAUAGAUGGAACUGCUCUAGAAUACCAUCAGUUUGACUUUCACCAAGACUUCAAUGACAGUUUGUAUACUGGUUUUUAUGGGUCCACGUUUUGUGAGGAGAAUGCCAUUUCCCAUAUAUCUAAUUAUCUCCCUAGCAUCUGCCCUCCUCCUUCUGCUUUCCUAGGCCCAAAAUGUGCGCUUUGGGACUGUCCAAGGCCUGCGCAAGGGCUGGACUGGUGUCAAGACUAUUGCAGUAGCUUUCAUGCCACUCUAGCAUUGAAUGAAGGGCCACCAGGAAUGGCCCCGGUUCUACGACCAGGGGGCAUUGGUUUGAAGGACAACUUACUCUUUGCUGCUCUUAGUGCAAAGGCACUGGGAAAAGAUGUUGGCAUCCCUGAAUGUGAGGGAGCAGCAACUGCAAAGUCUCCAUGGAAUGCACCUGAGUUGUUCGAUCUUUCUGUUCUCGAAGGUGAGACUAUCAGGGAAUGGCUUUUCUUUGAUAAGCCUAGGAGAGCGUUUGAGAGUGGAAACAGAAAGCAGAGGUCUCUUCCAGAUUAUAGUGGGCGUGGUUGGCAUGAAUCUAGGAAGCAAGUGAUGAAUGAAUUUGGAGGGCUGAAGCGGUCCUAUUAUAUGGAUCCACAACCAUUGAACCAUUUUGAGUGGCAUCUUUAUGAGUAUGAGAUUAGCAAGUGUGAUGCAUGUGCUUUGUAUCGGCUGGAAUUAAAGCUUGUUGAUGGGAAGAAGAACUCCAAGGCAAAAGUAACUAAUGACUCAGUCGCUGAUUUGCAGAAGCAGAUGGGGAGGCUCUCUGCUGAGUUCCCUCCUGAUAACAAACAGUCUGUGAAAAGCAGGGCUAAACUGAAUGCCAAGAUUGGCAUGGGUGGUGUCUAUCCAGCAUCUAACAGAGUGACUCCAGGACACGGAACAUAUGAAUAUGGUUUGGCUGCACCAUACGAUUAUCUAAUCGAGAAUGCUGGUGACUAUUACGUGACGUGAUUAGUCAUGGAAGGAUGUACAACAUGCUGCAUUCAGCUUGGUUUAAAAUUAAAUAACGCGUCGCUUUGCCCCUCGACUCUCAUUUGAUCGUUUUGCUUUUUCUUCUUUAGCAACAAGAAGCCAAGGUCAUUUUUUUGCCUUGUCAGAUAUUGUGAAUAGCUGAUUCUCUCGCUGGACUGCUGCGUUAGAGACUGCUGGAUGGUGGAUUCUAACUCUUGAAGAUGAUCUCAUCACAGCAAAAAAUUGAUGUAUGCCAUUAUUAUAAUUAGCAAAUUGGUGAAUGCUGGAUGGAAUUGAAUCAGCACCACCAAAAUGACUUGUAGUAUUAAGGCAGGGUUACUAUGAUACAGCAAUUACUCUGUUAUCCAGAUUAUGCUAAUGUAAGUCACCUAUACUGCCCUUUUGAAGCUAUUAGCUUCAGGACAAACUUUCAAGGGGAUGGAUGGUACAUAUUAUUGGCUAUGUAAUAAUCGUUUCAGUCCUUUUUGAGUAAUUUUUAUGGCUCAAGAAGGGAAUCUAACUUUGAAAGUUAGAAUUUAUGCAUUUGAUGCGGUCUA